AUGCCCGCCGACUUCGAGAAGCAGAGUUAUUGGCAUGAGAGAUUCUCGUCUGAGAUAUCUUUCGAAUGGCUAGCGUCGUCAGAAUCUUUCAUGUCCAUCAUAGAGCCUUACCUCCCGACACCCUCGCAUAAUUACGAGAACACACCCCGAAUUCUCCAUCUAGGCUCAGGCACAAGUGACUUGCAGAACUAUUUUCGUUCGAGAGGUUACUUAGACGUGACAAAUGUCGACUACGAACCAUUAGCUAUCGAGCGCGGGCGCCAGCUAGAGCAGAUCGCCUUUGGUGACAUAAGGAUGAAGUACAUCGUUGCAGACGUAACACAACUUGCCUGCGACUUUUCGCAAGAUCAGAGAUUCGAUAUAGUCGUAGACAAAAGCACCGUCGAUGCGGUCUCUUGCGGUGGUAUUACAGCCUUUUUAAGGAUGGCUUUUGGCGUAAGGAAAUACCUCGCUGACAAUGGGAUCUGGAUCUCCCUUAGCUAUUCUUCAGCUCGCUUCGAUAUAGAGCAGCUGCCAUUCGACGUCGAAGUCAUAGCUAAGAUCCCGUUACCCAAACUCAAAGAGAAUGACCCGGAGAUAUACUAUUAUUGCUACCUUCUCCGGCCUAAAUGA